GUCCAUGCCAUGGUAGACCUUCCCAAGUCUAUGUCACCGCAUCGUCUUCUCAAACUUCUCAAAGCGGAGAAGAACCCUCUCAACGCUCUCCAACUCUUCGAUGCCGCCACGCGCCGCCCCGGCUUCGCUCACUCCCCCGAGGUUUUCCUGCACAUCCUCCGGCGAGUGGCCACCGACCCCUCCCUCCUCCUCUCCCACGCGCCUGGCAUCGUGUCAACCAUCCACGCGCACCGCUGCAACUGCCCCGAAGACGUUCCCCUCACGCUCCUCAAAGCCUACGCCAAAUCCUCGAUGCCCAACGAAGCCUUACACUUGUUCCAAACAAUGCCACACGUGUUUGGGUGCUCCCCCGGCGUGAGGUCCUUCAACUCUCUCCUCAACGCCUUCGUCGAAUCGCGCCAAUGGGAACGCGCUGAGAACUUCUUCAAUUAUUUCGAAACCGCGCGUGUGUCUCCGAACCGUGAGACUUACAAUGUUCUCAUGAAGGUUAUGUGUAAGAAGCGAGAGUUUGAGAAGGCUAAGGGGUUGCUGACGUGGAUGUGGGGUGUGGGAAUGAACCCUGAUAAAAUCACCUAUGGUACUUUGAUCAGUGCUGUGGCGAAAAGUAGGGAUUUAAAGCUUGCACUUGAAUUGUUUGAUGAAAUGCGUGAACGAGGGUUGGAACCUGAUGUCAUGUGUUACAACAUGAUAAUUGAUGGGUUUUUUAAAAAAGGAGAUUUUUUGAAGGCUAGUGAGAUGUGGGAGAGGUUGUUGAGGGAGGAUUCGGUGUUUCCUAAUGUUGUGAGUUAUAAUGUUAUGAUUAGCGGGUUGUGUAAGUGUGGGAGGUUCAGUGAGGGUUUGGAGAUAUGGGAGAGGAUGAAGAGAAAUGAGAGGAGGCACGAUUUGUUCACAUAUAGUUCUUUGAUUCAUGGGUUGAGUGAGGCGGGGAACUUGGAUGGGGCAAAACGGGUUUAUGGGGAGAUGGUUGAGAGAGGGGUUAGGCCCGAUGUUGUUACUUGUAAUGCUAUGCUUAAUGGAUUGUGUAAAGCAGGGAUGGUUGAGGAAAGUUUUGAGUUGUGGGAGGAGAUGGGGAAGUGUGGUUUGCGGGAUGUGGUAAGUUAUAACAUAUUUCUCAAGGGGUUGUUCGAGAAUGGGAAGGUGGAAGCAGCGGUGUCAUUGUGGGAUGGUUUGUGUGAGACAGGUAGUGUGGAUUCUGCUACUUAUGGUGUGUUAAUUCAUGGUUUGUGUAGGAAUGGGUAUGUGAAUAAGGCUUUGCAGGUGUUGGAAGAGGCUGAAUAUAAGGGAGGUGAUGUGGAUGCCUUUGCUUACUCAUCGAUGAUAAAUGUUUUGUGCAAAGAAGGAAGAUUUGAUGAGGCAGCUGGAGUUAUUGAACUUAUUAAUAAGCGUGGCUGUAAAUUGAACUCUCAUGUCUACAAUGCACUGAUUCAUGGGUUUGUUAAGCAUUCCAAACUUGACAGUGCGAUUCAAGUAUUUAGGGAAAUGAACAUCAAAGGUUGCUCACCAACUGUGGUGUCGUAUAAUAUUAUAAUAAAUGGAUUGUUAAGAGCAGAAAGGUUUCUUGAGGCUUGUGAUUGCAUUAAGGAAAUGUUGGAAAAAGGAUCGAAACCUAAUAUUGUCACAUACUGCACCUUGAUAAAUGGUCUUUAUGAGAACAAAAUGAUGGACACAGCGCUUAGGUUGUGGCAUCAGUUUCUGGACACAGGGAUUAAGCAUGAUAUCACUAUGUACAACAUUGUCAUCCAUAGACUUUGUUCUUCUGGCAAAGUGGAGCAUGCUCUGCAGCUCUAUUCAAUGAUGAGGAAGAGGAACUUUGUUAAUCUUGUGACCCACAAUACCAUCAUGCAGGGUUUUUACAAAGUUGGGGCCUGUGGAAAAGCAGGAAACAUUUGGUCUCACAUCUCAGAAGAUGGGCUACAACCUGAUAUCAUCUCUUAUAACAUUACACUUAAGGGUCUCUGCUCCUAUGGUAGAGUGACAGAUGCAAUUGGGUUUCUAGAUGAUGCUUUGGAGCAUGGUGUCAUGCCAACUACUAUUACUUGGAAUAUACUAGUUAGAGCCGUGAUUUUUUACGGGGCUUCGACAUGAUUCUUUUGUGCACUCUAAAAUAGAUUAAAGCAGCUCCUGCUCUUUUCUUUCAGUUGUUGUCUACAUCAACUAUGGCCAUUAUAGUAAAAUACAAGCAAUUUGUUGGUUUCCCAAAAUAAAAGGGAUCCCUGGGAUGUUUAGGUUUGAGCCCUAGCAGCAUGUUUUUGAGCAUGUUUAAGAUUAUUAAGACAAUUAUAUGCUUCCUGAUAACAUUUUGUUGGAAGGAAAUUUGAAGCCCCUGGGCACUUACCCGGUGGCAUUGGCUUACAUCUAAGUCAAACAGGCACUUACCAUAGUGUUGGGUACUUGGGAUGCAAUAAAGCAUGCCGUCAGGAUGCCUAAAGUUUGGGGUUGGGUGAAUGGUAAUGGUCAUGUGCUUUUGUGUCUGGGAUAUUUGUCUGCCUCACGUAAAUUUGUGGGAUAUUUGUCUGCCUCAAGCUUUACAUGAGUAGAUUGUUUAAUUUAAGGCUUUGGGAAUUUCAGGCUGCAAGCCAGUUACUAUACUUCUCUAUUUUAUUGAUCAACUUGUUAAGCUGUACAGAAAGGAAUGAUAUUGUGUAGUUAUUAGUUUCUCAUUAAUUGUUUAUAUGACUGAAGAUGCAGA